CCUGGCACCGCCCUUCUCGCCGCCCAGAGCUAGCCUGUCAGCUGGCUCCACUGCAAUCAAGAUGGCUGCGGGGGCAGGGAGCGGGUGAUCGGAGGCGGCUCCGCUCCCUGCUACAGGACUGGAGGAAACGCAGGGAUGGGUCGACCACUGAGUUUCUUUUGCUUUCCCUGAAGUGGUGGGCUGAGACGUACAAGGUAUGGCGAGCAUCAUCAAAAAGCAGAUCUUGAAGCACCUUUCCAGGUUCACCAAAAACCUGUCACCUGACAAAAUCAACUUGAGCACCCUAAAAGGUGAAGGUCAGCUGACUAAUUUAGAGCUUGAUGAAGAAGUGCUUCAGAACAUGUUAGAUCUUCCCACCUGGCUUGCCAUCAACAAAGUCUUUUGCAAUAAAGCAUCUAUUAGGAUACCAUGGACAAAAUUGAAAACACAUCCAAUCUGUUUGUCACUGGAUAAAGUAAUAAUGGAAAUGAGUACAUGUGAAGAACCACGUCCUCCUAAUGGACCAUCGCCUAUAGCAACUGCAUCAGGGCAAAGUGGAUAUGGUUUUGCUGAAAAAGUUGUAGAAGGAAUAUCUGUUUCUGUAAAUUCCAUUGUAAUCCGAAUUGGAGCAAAAGCUUUCAAUGCUUCAUUUGAACUUUCCCAGUUGAGAAUAUAUAGUGUAAAUGCAAACUGGGAACAUGGUGAUCUAAGAUUUACGCGAUUACAAGAGUCUCAGCGUGGAGAGGUACUGACAUUUAAAGAAAUCAACUGGCAGAUGAUCAGAAUUGAAGCAGAUGCAAUCCAAAGCUCUCAACAUGAAAUCAUGAGUGCUCCAGUUCGCCUGAUUACUAACCAGUCCAAAAUCAGGGUCACACUUAAAAGAAGGUUAAAGGAUUGCAACGUGGUGGCAUCUAAACUGAUUCUUAUACUAGAUGACUUGCUGUGGGUUUUGACCGAUUCCCAGUUGAAAGCUAUGGUACAAUAUGCUAAAUCUCUUAGCGAAGCAAUUGAAAAAUCAGCUGAACAGAGACAAAGUCUAGCUUCUGAACCAACACCAAGUUCUACUCCUGGACCCAGUUCUCAGCAGGUGAAAACACAGCAGUCCUCAGCCACUACUGAUCAAAAUGAUGCAAUUGUGAAAUUGUUCAAUGAUUUUGAUGUUAAGGAAACUUCUUAUCAUCUAGUAAUUUCCCAUUUGGACCUGCAUAUAUGUGAUGAUAUUCACGCUAAGGAAAAGGAUGCAAACAGACAUGUUUCAGGAGGUGCUAUGCAGCUGUCCUUUAGUCAACUAACUGUAGACUACUACCCUUUUCACAAAACAGAUGACAGCUGCAGCCAUUGGAUGCAUUUUAGUGAUGCUACUAAAGCCAGAAGUGGAUGGGCUGAAGAAUUAUUAAAGGAGUUCAAAAGCAAUGUUGAAUUGCUUAAGCAGGUUGUGAAAGAUCAUAAUAUAGAUUCUCCCACUAAGUCCCCACCCCAGGGGUCUCCAGAGCUCGUACAGACAGGCAAGGAACAGAUGCCUAAAGGAAUCUCUAAGCCUUCCUCUGUGUUACCUCAGCAACCAAAAGAUAAACUCAUGUCCAGCCCUGUGGUGGUUAGACUUGCAGAUGUUAAUAUUUUUCAGGUUUCUACAGCUGACCAGUGUCGUAGUUCUCCUAAAACUCUUAUUUCUUGCAAUAAAAAGUCUCUGUACCUUCCACCAGAAAUGCCAGCCAUUCAUAUUGAAUUCACUGAAUACUAUUGUCCGGAUGGAAAAGACUUUCCCAUUCCAAGUCCAAACCUUUACAUUCAGCUAAAUGCUUUGCAGUUUACUGUGGAUGAGAGGAGUGUUCUUUGGCUUAACCAGUUUGUGCUGGACUUGAAACAGAGUCUCAGCCAAUUCAUGGCCAUAUACAAGUUAAAUGACAAUUCAAAGCCAGAAGAACAUGUUGAUGUUCGAGUUGAUGGGUUAAUGAUAAAGUUCAUCAUUCCUUCUGCAAGGAAACAAAAUCAUAAGGAUGAUCCACAUGCAAUUUCCAUUCAGAGUUCUGAAAUGAUUGCUACAAACACAAGGCACUCCCCAAACUGCAGACACUCUGAUUUGGAAGCAGUAUUCCAAAACUUCAAAGACUGUGAAUUUUUCUCUAGGACUUUCACAGGUUUUCCAAAAUCCCCUGACUGUUUUAAUCUUCUGCAUCCAAUUUUCCAGCGACAUGCACAUGAACAAGAUACUAAGAUGCAUGAUAUCUAUAAAGGUUUUAUCACUCCCAAACUGAAUAAAUGUGCACUUAAAACAUCUGCUGCUUCUGAUGUUUGGGCAGUUCAUUUUUCCCAAUUCUGGGUGGACUAUGAAGGAAUGAAGAGUGGAAAAGGAAGGCCAGUGAGCUUUGUGGAGUCAUUCCCACUUACACUCUGGGCUUGCCAGCCUACAAGAUUUGAGCAACUGCACAAAAAGCCCUGUUCUUAUAAUCAGAAGCCUCUUAACAUUCCAAAAACUGACUGUAGUGACGUUGCAAGUCGGCUGCAGCGCAAAAAACUUUUGAAAGAGUAUUAUAGCACUGAGACGGCAGCCUUGGCCAAUGGUAUUGAAAACCUGUGCGCUAUGAGAUCCCAAACUGCACAUUUUACAUCUGAUGCAGAUAUUAACGUUCUUGUUCAUAUCCAAAAACAUGUGAGCAUGCAGAUCAAUCAUUAUCAGUAUAUUUUCUUACUCUGCCUCCAAGAUUCUCUUGUUUUGCUCCUAGAUAACCUGAGGAAAGAUGUAGAGACUAUGACAGGGAAACCUGCAAAACAGGCAAAUGUCUGUAUUGGGAUCUUAUUGAAAAGUGCAGAUAUAGCUCUGUUGCUUCAUCCAUUGAUGCAAGGAAGCACCUACAAGUCUCCUGUUUUGGGAGAAGGAAGUCCAGUGGCAUCAGACCUCUCACCCACGGAGAAUGAAGAAGCUUAUGAAUUGGAGAGCAAGCUAGUUCUUGCUAAUCCUGCACAGAUAAGCGGUUCAGAUACGAAUGUUGUAACUGACUGCAGGGCUGUGAAUACUGAUCUAAGCAAAGUCAUUCUGAUAGAACCGCUUUUCAAAUCAGAUAAUGAUACAGAUUUGCAAAGGGGAAGUUCAUUCUCAGAUGAUGCCUCAGAAAAACUUUGGGGGAAAAUAAAUGAAGAAAGUAGUGGACUUUUCAGUAGAAGUGAUUCAGAAGAAAUGUGUGAGUCACUUAGUGACAAAAGUAAUACAUAUUCUAGGGAUUUGAUUACUGUUUUAAGUUGCAGAGAAGAUUCUAUUGAGAUGCUGAUGGAUAAGGAGGAUGACAAAAAUGUUUUUUCAAAUAAGGAAAGUGGAGCAGGAGGUUCACCUCUUAAAGUCACAGAGUUAGAAUCUGAUACUGCUUGGCAGUCUGAAGAGCUUGAAAGUGACAAAGAAAAAUUGGCCACAGCCAAAAUGUCUGCAUUUCAGCCUUCAUUAAGUGGAAAGCCUAAGGAACGCUGCCAGUCCAAUCUCCCUGCAUUCUCUGUUUCUUAUAAGAACAUGAAGAAAAGUCCAUCACAAGCCUCUUUGGAUACCAUUUCUACUGAUAGCAUGUUGUUGGAGGAACAGUAUUUAGAGAGUGAUGGAAGUGAUAGCCACAGCUUUUUGGAGAAAGCUAUCUUGUCAAAUAAACCAGUGGAAAGCACUCCUGCUGACAACACAGUGAUUGAAAGCUAUGGUGGAUCAUCUCCAGAUGUCCUCAGCGCAGCUUCCGAGAAUACUCAGGAUGCUAGUGAAGAAAUGAUGUCUGUCGUUGUUUUUAAAAUGUUCGGUGUUAAUGGUGAAAUUGACAUCAGAGGCGAUGACACAGAUGUGUGCCUUCAGGUAAACGGGGUUGUACCAAAUCAGUUGGGCAAUAUCAGCGUUCGGCAUUACCUUUGCAACAGAACAGCAGGCUCAGAUCCUAAGACUCUGACUGGGCCAGUUAAAUCAACUCCUGAAAUCAGACUGAGAUGGGAAAGUGGACCCAGUGCUAUAAUACAUACAUUGCUAUCUGGGAAAAAUGGGUUUCUACAAUGUCAUGUGGAAGACUUGAGUGCCGAUUUCCUAACUUCUUCACUUAUGAACAUUCAGCGUUUUUUGGAAGAUGAAAUGGUUGCAGAAGUGAUGCCUAUGAAUAUAAAAAUUUCUAAUACAAGGAUCAAUUUAAAAGAUGACAGCCCACGUGACAGUCUGACUGCUCCUGAACCAGCCCCAAUAAUGCUGCACAUUGACCUACUUAUGGUAGAGAGGAAAGAUGAUGGCUCAUUUUGUAUUAGAGAUAACCGGACACUUAGCAAUAAUGUUCCAAAGACUAAGACAAGUAAUGAUACAAGGGAUCAAACUGCUGAAGUUGAAGCACACAAAAAACCGAAUUGUCUUUCUCAAGCCACACAAACAUCUCCAGAAAUUAUGAGAUCUUCUUCUGAUUCAAUCAAAGAGCAGUUGUUCCAGCUGACUGAAGAAAAUGAAUGUCUUAAACAAGAAUUAGCCGAAGCUAAGAUGGCUCUUGCUGAAGCUCACCUGGAGAAAGAUAACCUGGUUCACCAUAUGAAAAUGAUGAAUACUGAAAAUAAAGGGUAGUAGACUCCAUAUAUUGCACUGGAACAAGAAGGGAUGCACAUCAGAUUGUUUUUGGAACCUGAGCCCAGAACAAAAUUUCUACAGAAUAUGCACUCCUGUGAAUGUCUUCAAAGAAUUAGGAUGCGUUUCUCUUUAGCCCUGAUUUAAGCUGCAGUGUUGCAGGAAAAGUCAAUUUCUAUUAUAUGUUAUUAAUUUGUUUAAUAGGUGGUGGCAUGAGUAAAAUGUACCAUGUGUCAUUGAUAGGCUAUCUUCUUUUGUGAAGAUAACAUUCUUUUAUUGAUAGAAGAAAAAUAUUAUUCAAGGGAAAUUACAUUUGCACUGUAACUGUAUGGGGACAUAAAAUAGUCCAAAAUAGCUACUAAAAGCUGAUGUGAUCAUCUAGUGACUGGACCUAACCUCAGCAGGAUUUGCCUGGAAAUAAGCACCCCACUAUGUCCAAAUCCUCAAAAUGUGUUAAUGCUCUCUGAAACCACUCUUGGUAGGUGUGACUGCAGAAAAUGUGGAAAACUUUAGCUGUGCAGGAAUGAUGCUAAUGUUUAACUCCUUUUUUUCUAGUAUUUGUGACCAUUGUACAAUGAACAUUUGAGUGGUACUUGGGCACCUGAUCUGUCAUUGGCUUGUAGAAAGGUAAUAAUUGGGGCUCUUCAGUGAUGAUCACUGGUCAUUUGUAGGCACAUUCUUUACUUUCACUUAGUGAAACUCGGUGCUCUCAUUCUGGUACCAGUGAAAUUUAAACCUUUAAUAGUUUGAUUUUUGUAAAAAUGUAAUUUAACUGUAUAUUAAUGCAUUUGGAAUGGAAAAGGUCAAAUAAUUGCCCUGUUGAACUUGUGAAAUUCCAUAAAAAUGUAAAGCUUGCAUUAUAAACCAUGGGUUAACUUGUAAAAACAAAUUCUAAUUUUCAGCUGAAAAUUGUUGCAAAUGUAUAAAUAAAAAGCACAGAGAUGUGCAGAACAUUCUAAGUUUUUAAAAUAAUGAACAAAACCAAUAGAAACAUUUACUUUCUGAAUAAUUUCAUUGAAAAUGUUCUAUUUGGUAUUUGUUUUGUCUGAAUUAUACAAUAUUUUAGGGAAUGAAGACUUUUUUUUUUAAGUACAAAUAAGAAUAUUAAUAUCUAAAAUGCUGUGACUAGAGUUUAACUGUGUGGGAAACUGAAAAAGUGGCUUGAAUGGAAGUUUUUUUUUUAAAUUAAAGCUUUCUGCUGAUAUAACUCUCAUUCCCUGGAUAAAAAAAAAGAAAUUUAAUUGAAGACUAGGCAUAAAGAAGUAAACAACUCUGAGAUAUUUUGAUUUAAUUACAAUUGUAUAACUAGUCUAAGUGGUCUUAUUUUAAACACAUUUAACCUUGGUUUUGUAGGCUUGCUUUACACAAGGCCCACUCCUGCCUCCAGCUCCUCUGCAGGGACUUACUUUCCUCUAGCUAAGCUAUCAUAGCUAUUCCACAGGCCUUAAUCUUGGCACUUACUCACUAAACCGUAUCCAUUCUCUGAUGUGAUACAAGCAAACCACUAGUGGCAGGUUUGCUAGCACAUUUGUUGAGCAACUCUUUUUAUAAAGUGCCCUGUGCUACAUAAACCCAGUGACAGAAUAUACUGAGACCAGCACCACAUUCACACCAGACAUUUAUUGCACCUUAAACAGCCAUAGCUUGCUCCAAAGAAUCCUGGAAAGUAUUGUUUGUGAAGGGCACUGAGAGUUGUUAGGAGACCCCUAUUCCCCUCACAGAGCUACAGUUACCAGACCAGAGUGGUUUAACAGUCAGUCCCUCUUCCCAGAAAACUCUGGGAAUGUUGCUUUAUUAGGGGAACAGGGUUCUCCUAACAACUCAGCACCCUUCACAAACUACACUUCCCAGGAUUCUUUGGAGGAAGCCAUAAAUAAAUGGAAUAAAUGUAUAAUGUGAAUGUGGUCUAAGUCUUCCUGGCCACCCUGUCUUCUCCCCCUCACUUUAUGAAUGGAAACAGUUGAGUUCUCAUCGAUGCCAUGCUUUUCUGCACACUACUGCCACUUAAAGGAAAAUGAAUUUAAUAUCUGACAGUUUUUAAAGCUAUAGAUUGCCCGGUUAAAUUAUAGAUUUGGUCUCUGAUUAAAUGGAAAAGUUCCAGUACUUGUGCUGUAUAACCCGUUAAUAAACCUCUC